AUGAAAAACUAUAUCAGGAACAUUCUGUCCAAGGACACGCCUGUGACAGAAAAUGACAACGUCUACACGUACACAACUUCAGGGGAAGCAGCAACGAGCGAUACACAGCUGCGUCAUCUUGCCCAUCGUGGCGGUGACGACGGCAAGCUGAAAGACACGAUCGUCGUGACUGAAGACAAUUCUUCAGACAAUCUCGACUUCGAAGCCGGCAAAACUGGGCUUGCGGGCGUCAGCAGCGGUAAUCUUGACCCUCUUUCAGAACAACUUUCGCAACAAGCUCUUGAAGACGAGUACGCUGGCAUUACAGUCGACGAUGACUCUCCGUACCCGGAAGUUCGUGCCGCAGUUCCAUCCACAGACGACACAUCCCUGUGCCAGAAUACCCUGCGUAUGUGGGUGCUGGGAAUGAUGAUGACCACCAUCGGGUGCGGUUUGAACAUGCUGUUCUCCAUGCACUCACCAUCAAUCGUGUUGAGCAGUUACGUGACAGCCAUUUUGGCUUGGCCUUUGGGUCGCGCGUGGGAUAAAGUUAUGCCCAACAAACGCCUGUUUGGCAAAUGGGGGCCUCAACUUAACCCUGGUCCCUUCAACGUCAAAGAACACGCAAUCAUCACUGCUAUGGGUAACGUUUCGUUCGGUGGUGGUAACGCCUACGCUACCGAUAUCAUUCUUUCCAUGAACAUGUUCUACAAGAAAGAUUUCGGGUGGGGCUUCAACCUUCUUGCUGUUUGGUCGACACAAUGUAUUGGGUUUGCGCUCGCUGGUUUCACUAGGAAGAUGCUGGUCACUCCGGGGUCAAUGACCUGGCCUGCCACUUUGGUUUCCACAACUUUCCUCACCAACAUGCACGUCAAUGAAAACCACGUUGCCAACGGAUGGAAAAUCUCAAGAUUAAAGUUUUUUUUGGUGGUUUUCAUUGCCGGGUUCGUGUACUACUGGUUUCCAGGUUUCAUAUUCCAAGCUCUAUCUUACUUUGCAUGGGUGACUUGGAUAAAGCCCAACAAUAUUGUUCUGAAUCAAGUUUUUGGUGCCAGUUCUGGUCUUGGUCUACUUCCUAUCACAUUUGACUGGAAUCAAAUUGCCGGCUACAUUGGAUCACCUUUGAUUCCACCAGUAGGUGCCAUCGUGUCUAUUCUCUUGUCCAUGGUUGCAAUUUUUUGGAUUGUCGUACCGGCUAUACAUUAUUCGAAUGUAUGGUAUGGCAAAUACUUGCCGAUCUCUGACUCGGGCUCAUACGACAGAUUUCAAGAAUCAUACCAGGUGAAAAAGAUAGUGACCGAAAACUUAUCCUUUGACAAAGCCGCCUAUGAAAAAUAUUCACCCCUCUACUUGUCUGCGACUUUUGCCAUCUCGUAUGGACUAUCCUUUGCUUCGACAACAGCCACCGUCAUGCAUGCAGGUCUUUUUCAUGGAAAAGAAAUCUGGGCUGUCUUUAGAGGUCAUAACGCAGAAAAAGAAGACGUGCACAAUAGACUAAUGAAGAACUAUUCAGAUGUUCCUUCUUGGUGGUACGGUGUUGUGUUUUUGUUUUUUUUCGCUUUGUCUGUUGCUACAAUGAGGGCUUGGCCAACAGAGAUGCCUAUUUACUCAUUGAUUAUCGCACUUCUAAUUGCCGCUUUCUUCAUGCUACCUGUUGGGAUUAUUUUUGCUUUAACCAACAUCUCUGUCGGAUUGAACGUCCUUACUGAGUUUAUUAUUGGUUACAUGGUACCAGGAAAACCCAUUGCAAUGAUGUUUUUCAAGACUUUCGGCUACAUUACCAAUAGCCAGGCUGUCUCCUACGCCCAAGACAUGAAGUUGGGACAUUAUAUGAAAGUGGCACCCAAAACUCUUUUCUGGGGUCAAUUGGUCGCUACUUUGUGGGGAGCGUUGGUUCAAAUUUGUGUGAUGGAAUGGGCAAAAGGAAAUAUUGAAGAUGUAUGCACGCCUCACCAGGCCUCGCAUUUCACAUGUCCAGGCUCCAAGGUCUUUUUCAAUGCUUCGAUCAUUUGGGGUGUCAUUGGACCCCAGAGAAUGUUUUCUGCGGGUCAGAUUUACAACAAGUUGCUGUACUUUUUCAUCUUGGGUGCUGGUUUGCCCGUUUUGAACUGGGCCAUCUUGAGGAAAUGGCCCAAGUCGUUGAUCAAGUACGUCAAUUGGCCAGUAUUCUUUUCCGGUACUGGUUUGAUCCCUCCAGCUACGCCUUACAAUUACGGUGCGUACUGCAUGGUCGGUAUUACUUUCGGAUACUUCAUCAAAAAGCGGUUUUUCCACUGGUGGACUAAAUACAACUACUCGCUUUCUGCUGGGUUGGACAUAUCACUAGCCUGGUCCUCGCUGAUCAUUUUCGUGACAUUGGGCCUAACUAACACGGAAGCACCUAGCUGGUGGGGCAACAACGUGAUUAAUACUUCGGAAUACAACGACGAAGCUAUCCAGCGAGUGUUAUCACCAGGCGAAAGUUUUGGCCUAACAACAUGGUGA